UGAUAGCACACUGUCCAUUUACCAUCUGGUGUGGUAGAACUAUAAAUAAGUAUAUGUUCAUUUAAUUGUCAAAUCCAAAUGCUUCAGUACUUAUGAAAAGGGAAUACCAAUAUAUAAUAAUAGAAAGCUAUAUAUACUAUAUGAUCAAACAAUAUAAUAAUCAUGCUUAACCAUGAAAGUAAUGAGUUCCCGCUCUGCCCUAAACCGCGGCGGCUCGUCUCAGCCCACCCCGAGUUCCUCCAACCCCUAAGUUGUAGCAAACACAGUGUUUGCAAAUUGGUCAGUGAAAUGAACAUUAUUGAUGGGGGCAGAAGUGAAGUUCUCAGCAUAAUUGGUGACCACCAAAAGAUAAGAGAUGUCACAGAUUCAACAACGUUGUGUAGUCGAUGCUCAUCAUCAUCGUGUUACUCCGGCUCACCACCCGGCCGGACAGAUAACCCAUUGAUUCAUGAUGUGCAAUUUGUUCAUAAUCAAAUGCAAUUUUUUUCUCCAUUAACUCGAACUAAUAAGCUUGGCUUCACCUCCACCUCCCCUGCCUAAGCUCUCUGGAUCAGUGUAAUUUAGGCUUAGCAUUGUCCAAAAAGUGUUGUGAUGUAAUACUAUGAUAAUUUUAAAAGUUGGGGUCAGACAAAAUUUUGUAAACAUGUAAAUGUUACAAUUAUAUCAUUAUAGUUAUUGUCAUCACUAUUUUCUGGCUAAG